AUGGGCUACAUCGGCGUCUCCCUCAUCAUCGCCUCCGUCGUCUGGGUCAUCGUCGCCCCUCCGCCAUGGAUACACCCCUUCAUGCCGCCCUUCCUCCUGACCUGGCGUCCCUCCCCAUCCCUCCCGCCGCCGCCAAAGACACGCUCGAGUCCCCCGCCGGACGAUGACAAGAACCCAAGCAACGGCGCCGCCGGCCCCGACGAGCAAAAGCGCACCGCAGCCGCACCUGCCCCGCCAUCCAUCAACUUCCCCGAAGACCCCGACCCGACACCGGCACCGGCACCGAAGAACGACGCCCUCGCCAUGCCUCCUCCUCCCACGAUCAUCCGCCGUCCGAACGCGGCCCCGACGCCGGUGAUAUCAGAGCCAGAGGAGGAACAAACAACACCCAAAGCCAACCCCUCCACCCCCGCCGGCCCAACCGUCCCCUCGUUCUCCCUCAACGAGCCCUCCACCGGCCUCACCACAGGCGCGAACCCGACCCCGACCCUCGGCCUCGGAAGCAUGCCGCCCCCUCCGGCACCCGGGCGCGGCAGCAUGCCUCCUCCCCCGCCUCUAUUCAACAACACCUCGACGAACUCCCUCCCAGGCCGCGGCAGCAUGCCCCCACCACCAUCCUCCUCCUCACGAGGUCCCGUCCCACCCCGCCUCGCCGCCUUCCCAGCCGCAAACUCCCCCCAACGCGCCCGCGGCCCCGUCCCCAACCGCGGCCCUGCCCCCUCCUCCUCCUCCUCUUCGCUCCUACCACCGCCAACACACUCCGCCAAACCCUCCAAACCAAGCCGCAAAGUAAUCCUCGCGCCCGGCCACUCCCCGCUCGACUGGGCGCGCAUCUCCGGCCCCAACGCCGACCUGCGCAACCUCCCCCCCUCCACGCCCUACCUCAAAGUCACCCCCUCCAUGCUCAAGAAGAUGACCGGCCGCAAGGGCAAGGACGCCUGGAUGGCCCUCGGCGGCCGCGUCUACAACAUCACACCCUACCUGCCCUACCACCCCGCCGGCGAGCCCGAGCUGCUUCGCGGCGCCGGGCGAGAUGGCACCAAGCUGUUUGGGGAGAUCCACCCCUGGGUCAACUACGAGACUAUGCUUUCGGCGUGUUUGGUCGGGCUGCUAGUAGACGAGGAAGAAGGCGCGAAGCCGAGCGCCAUGGAUGAGAUGGAUUAA